AUGCACGAGCGGGAAACGGAGCGGCUGCUGAAGGCGGAGAGGAGGCCGUCGAGUAGCGCUCGCCACGUCGCGCCCCCCGCUAGCCCCGCUCAACGCGGGACACAAAUACCGACGUCCUCCGGCAGUGCCGUUUCGCCUUCAACCCUCGCUCUAUCGACCCCCCUCUCUCCCGCGCACGUGCCCUCACACGAACCACCGCCGCCAGCGCGCCACCUUGCUCCCGCGCACAGCCCCACUCCCGCGCACGCCGCCGCUGAUGCCACACCGUCGCCUCGCGGCGCGGCCCAUGGCGCGUCGCCCCUCGCGCCUCCCGCACAGCAGGGUGCCGGCGGUGACUCCAAGCCAUCGCCGUCGCGCCACGUGCAGCGCGUGUUCGUGUCGCUCAUCGUCGUCUUCGCCGCGUCGCUGCUGCUCCUCUCGCAGCUCCCCUUCAUUAUGUCCGUGCUGUCCCCGUUUGUGUCGCCGUUCGAUAUAAGCGUGGAGGAGACGGGGCAGGCGGAGCAGGUGGAGCAGGCGGGGGCGGUGCAGGUGGGCAGCGUGUGGUCGCAGCUGCGGGAGCACCGCGGCAGCCUCGCGCUGCUCUUCCUCACGCGCGGCCCCAUCCCCCUCGCCCCGCUCUGGGAAAAAUUCCUCCCGUCCCCCCCUCGUGCGCCCCAUGCGCCUCCCCUCUUCCUCCCCCUCGUGCGUCUCUCACGUGCCCCAUUUGUUCUUGCCACUCCUGCCCCUCCCCCUCUUGGCCACUCUUCCCCUCUCACUCCUUCUCCCCCUUCUCCCCCUCCUCUUACCAUUCACCCCUCUUCCCGUCGUUCUCCCCCCCCCCCCUUCCCCCUUUCCCCCACCCCCCAGGGCCACGAGGGGCGCUACUCCAUAUACGUGCAUGCGUCCAACGCCUCCUUCUCCUUCCCGCCCGGCUCCUCGCCCCUCUUCCGCGGCCGCCUCGUGCAGGGCGGAGAGGUGAGCGUCGUGCAGGGCGGAGAGCACUGCCAUGUGCUCCCUUGUUCCGUGCUCCCUUGUUCCGUGCUCCCUUGUUCCGUGCUCCCUUGUUCCGUGCUCCCUUGUUCCAUGCUCCCUUGUUCCGUGCUCCCUUGUUCCGUGCUCCCUGGUUCCGUGCUCCCUGGUUCCGUGCUCCCUUGUUCCGUGCUCCCUUGUUCCGUGCUCCCUGGUUCCGUGCUCCCUGGUUCCGUGCUCCCUUGUUCCGUGCUCCCUUGUUCCGUGCUCCCUUGUUCCGUGCUCCCUUGUUCCGUGCUCCCUUGUUCCGUGCUCCCUUGUUCCGUGCUCCCUUGUUCCGUGCUCCCUGGUUCCGUGCUCCCUGGUUCCGUGCUCCCUUGUUCCGUGCUCCCUGGUUCCGUGCUCCCUGGUUCCGUGCUCCCUUGUUCCGUGCUCCCUUGUUCCGUGCUCCCUUGUUCCGUGCUCCUUUGUUCCGUGCUCCCUGGUUCCGUGCUCCCUUGGCCCUACGGUACGGAUGCCACCAAUCGCCCAAUGUACGUCUCAUGCUCCUCCCACCCAUCGUCCAUGGCACCCAUCGUCCAUGGCACCCAUCGUCCAUGGCACCCAUCGUCCAUGGCACCCAUCGUCCAUGGCACCCAUCGUCCACGGCACCCAUCGUCCAUGGCACCCAUCGUCCACGGCACCCAUCGUCCAUGGCACCCAUCGUCCACGGCACACGGAAGGUUCAGUGGGGCGAGAUGUCGAUGGUGGAUGCAGAGAGGCGCCUGCUGGAGGCUUGUAAGGCGCCUCAAAACUAGACUCAUGCCACGUGCCCAUGCAUGCACCAAUGGUGUGUGGCAGGUGCGGUGGGGCGAGAUGUCAAUGGUGGAUGCGGAGAGGCGCCUGCUGGAGGCGGCCGUGCAGGACGAGGCCAACAGCUUCUUUGCUCUGCUCAGUGAGAGCUGCAUACCGUUGUGGCCGUUUGAUUACGUGUACAGCUACAUCGCCUCCUCCUCCGCCAGCUUUGUUGACGCGUACUCGGACCCCUACGACAUGUCAUUCGGGCGGUACAUUCCGCACAUCUUCAUGCCUGUCAUCCGCCGCCACCAGUUCCUUAAGGGCAACCAGUGGUUCAUCCUGCAGCGGCGGCAUGCGGAGGCGGUGGUGAGGGACAGGCUGCACUACACCAAGCACAACCUCAGCUGCGCCGUCAGUCCCCCCUGUCCCUCCCCCGCCUCUGCUCCUCUCCCGUGUGCUCCUCUCCCGUGUGCUCCUCUCCCGUGUGCUCCUCUCCCGUGUGCUCCUCUCCCGUGUGCUCCUCUCCCGUGUGCUCCUCUCCCGUGUGCUCCUCUCCCGUGUGCUCCUCUCCCGUGUGCUCCUCUCCCGUGUGCUCCUCUCCCUUGUGCUCCUCUCCCUUGUGCUCCUCUCCCUUGUGCUCCUCUCCCUUGUGCUCCUCUCCCUUGUGCUCCUCUCCCUUGUGCUCCUCUCCCUUGUGCUCCUCUCCCUUGUGCUCCUCUCCCUUGUGCUCCUCUCCCUUGUGCUCCUCUCCCUUGUGCUCCACUGUCCAACAACCUCCUCCGUUGUGCCACUAUUCCAGAUCUUGCCACCCCUUGCCAUUUUCGGUUGCAAUGGGGCAAGCUGUGCUGUGCGGACGAGCAUUACAUUCAAACCUUCUUGCAUAUGACGGACCCACGUGGCAUAUCGCGCUACCCUACGACGUUCACGGACUGGAGUGCGAACGAGUGGCACCCGGCGCUGUACAUGGGCGCCAACAUGACCACCCGUCUCAUCACCACCAUCAAGACGGCAAGGCAGUUCAUCACAUACCGCUCCUUCUGGCAAGACUUCAAAUCCAACUACUCACAUUCUCCUACCAUGCACCUCUCCCCACGGUUCCAUGAACCCCCCUCCCCUGUGGCCCUGCCUCUCACCAUCCCCCACCUGCCCCCCUCCCUGCCAUGUGUGCGGCACUACCACAUGCACUACCAUGUGGCACAGAUAACCGACCCCACAGCACCGCAGCCUCCUAUGGUGAGUCCUCCACCACCCACAUGCUGCAUGUGCCUCCCUCCUCGCCUCUCCUCUCCACGCCCGCAUGCGAGUCCCUCUUUCCCAGGCAACCCAUGCGUCCCAGGCAACCCAUGCGUCGACUCAAAGCUCGCCUAUCCCAUGUCUCAUCCACGUGUGAGUGGCUCUCCCUCCCAUCAGGCGGUGGCCAGCGGGCACUGUGUGCUGGCGGGGGAGCCGCGCAACUGCUUCCUCUUCGCGCGCAAGUUCCACCCCUCCACGCUGCCCUUCCUCAUGCGCAAGUCGCAGCAGCUCCUUGGCUUCUAG